CCCCGUGGGUGUGGCGGUACCUUGGUUUCCAGUGGGUGGGAGUGGGGGCCUCGGGGUGUGGGGCCCAGAAGGGGCCCUCGGGGCGUCCCUCAGCCCCGCGCCCCACUUUGUUUUCCAGGUGCCGGGAGUAGGGAGCGCCUCGAAGCCGUCCCUCCACUCGCUGGGCUCCAGCGGCAUUCCUCUGACAUGAAUUUUAAAGGCAAAGGGAGAGAUUUUCUUGUGUGGAAACCCACAUAACUUUGGCAUCUAAGAGCUCAAGAUUUACGGAUGAGCACAGUCGAGAGAAUCGUUCUCAACCCUUUAUCAGGAGCCUGGUGUUAAAAACUGAAUAUUGAGGCGGCUUGUUGGAUUCACCAGUGAACUGUUGAGUCAGUAAAAUUAAAAACAGGUUUUGAAGAUGUCAGAAAGGCAUUCAGGUCAGGUUGGAACUGGAGUAGGAAAUGAGAUGGACUCUCCUACUGUCACUAUCAAGUACACCGGCUUCAAAGAUUUUUCUUCCACAUCUUCAUUUCAAGAUAGUGGCUACAGUGAGUUGUUAAAAUCUUACAGCGUUGAUAAUACAUUAAUUUUGGUAAAGCAGGAAGAUGACCCAACAAUAAACUAUGAAUUUUUUGAACCUGUAAGUCCGGGCUUAACAGAUCCUUUAGAGACCCCUACUAAAAGAAAGAGAUUUCUCAUCUUUAGGAAGAAAUCGGCCAUACCCCCAGACUUUUGUGAGACUCCUAAACUCGGAAAACGUUAUUUACGGCGGCGCAGAAGGCUGGAUGUAUCUUUCUCUCCUCUGAAGAGAAACUAUGAAUCAGAUAAUAGUUCUAUAGAAAGUAGUAUAAGCGAAGUUCUCAACUUUGAAGAAGAUAUUCCAAGCAGUGCUUCAGGUUCUCCAAGGCAAAAUAAUUUUAGUGCUUUAGUUACUAGUACUUUGAAAACAGAAGAAGCGACUUUAAGCCCUCAAAAAUUGAGACUUAAUUUUUCUCAACAGAAGACUUCCACAGUUGAUGACUCCAAAGAUGACUGUAGCCUGUUUGAAGAUGAAUGUAUAUCACCAAUUCAGGGCAAUAAUUUUAAAGACUCCAUCACCCAUGACUUUAGUGAUAGUAGUCCAUGUGUUAACGAUGAGAAUACAUUUCCCAAACUUCUGGGCUCCUCUAGUAGUGGAACAACUUGUGAAACAGAUGAGGACAUAUUUGUGACUCCAAUAAGUAACCUUGUAGCAAACAUUAAAUUUAAGGCAGGUCAAAGGUUUUUUCCUCAAGUGAGAGGCAAUAUUUCAACACCUGAAGACAGUGGUUUUAACUCACUUUGCUUGGAUAAAUCAGAAGAUUCCCUCUCUGACCAGGAGAGUUCUUUUCAAGAGCUACUUCAGAAACAUAAGGGAACUCUCAAAGUGGAGGACACCAUAAGAAGGUCAAGGCGCCUUGGAAGGUUGAGAAGACUGUCUACCCUUCGGGAGCAAGGCUCACAGUCUGAGACAGAAGAGGAAAGCCAGACCAUUCACUCUGAAUCUGAAAUAACACCAGCAGCUUCUUCAGACAUCUCAGAGAGUCAGCCCAGCAGUGACAGUCAGAGUGAGGAACUGAUUUUAGGUUUUAAUAAUUUAUCAAACACCCCAGCCUUGCAGUUAGUGCAUGAGCUCUUUAUGAAAAACAAAAAGAGAAGAUUCCAGCAAAGUGGUACACGCGAAUUCUUAGAAGACAGGGAUGAGGCGAAAAUAGCUGUACUGCAGUGCGUACUUGCAGGACUGAUUGGCAAGAAAAUGGGUAUAGAAAAACUGGACAUCUUAACAGAAUUAAAAUAUAGAAAUCUAAAGCAUAUUCUUGCAGUUGUUUUAGAUUCCUUGUCUGCAGAAAGCCUAUGCAGUGUUUGGAGCGUGAGCAGAAAUUGGCGUGAAAUUAUUGUUCAAAAUAAAAAAGCAAAUCAGAGGAGGAGAUUUUAUCUCACACAACUGAAAACAGAUGCUAAGUGUUUCUCUAUACAGGUCCCCGAUUUCAUCUCCUAUUAUCCACCAGAACUGGAAAUCUCCUCUCUGCAAGUCCAAACAUAUCAGCAGGCUAUAUUAAAUGUUCAGGAUGCUGCCACUCGGUUUCAACUUUCAAAUCGAUCAGCUUUAAGAUCUGUACAAGCUCAGGCUAGGACACCAAGUUCUCAGAAAGAACAGGUUUCAACAUUUUCUCCUUGGGGAGAAGUUUUGACACCUAUAGCAAGCUCUUCAAUUAUUGACUCACAUAGUAAACAGGAAGAAUAUGUUAGGGUUGCCAAAACACUUUUUACUGAUGAAGCCUUAAAACCUUGCCCGAGGUGCCAAUCCCCUGCUAAGUACCAGCCAUAUAAGAAAAGGGGACUGUGCAGCCGCAGAGCCUGUGGUUUUGACUUUUGUGUGUUAUGUUUGUGUGCUUAUCAUGGGUCUGAAGAAUGUAGUAGAAGAGCAGCAAGGCCAAGAAACAGAAAAGAUCCUCUUCCAGGAAGUGCCCAGAGUAAGCGGAAUUUAAAACGCCUCUAAAGAGACUUUAAAUAUAAAAGAAGCAUUCCCCCAAGCAACAUUUAGUCUGACUUAAAAUUAUGGAUAUUUUGAAAGCAUGCAAAAUUUCCCAUUAAUGACAGAUGAUGAUUUAUUUGCUAUUUUGUUUAUAUUAUAAUCCAUGUCAUUGUAUGUUUUCUUUAAGGUAGUGACUUUAGAAACAAUUUUAUUUUACUAUGUCACUUUUACCCAUUUUAAUAACUUAGUGUUUUUAAAUAAAG